ACAACAAGCGCAAUCGCAAACUUCACGUAGUUUCCCGGUUAGGAGUGAAGAGUUAGCUCGUAUUAUUUUAUUUAAUUUAAAUUAAUACAGCUAAAAAUGACCCAACAAACGUUACCUCCCCCAGUGAUGUGGGCUCAAAGAACGGGUGUAGUCUUUUUAACUAUUAAUUUAGAAGAUGUCAAGGAUCCAGAUAUUAAAUUUACAAAAGACUCGGUAUUUUUCAAAGGCACUGGUGGCGUCGAAAAAAAAACCUAUGAAGUAACAAUUCCCUUAUAUAAAGAAAUAGAUCCAGAAAAAAGCAAAAGCUUUAACAGAGGACGGUGUAUCGAGCUAAUAUUAGUAAAAGCUAAUUCAGACGAUUCCUACUGGCCAGCAUUAACAUCUGACAAAAAGAAACACCAUUGGCUAAAAUGUGAUUUUAAUAAGUGGCAAGAUGAAGAUGAUUCUGGGGAUGAAGGUGUAGGUGGUAUGGGUGGAAUGGGAGGCGGAGACUUUGAAGAAAUGAUGCGACAAAUGGGCGGGCUGGGAGCCGGUGGUGGUAAACCUUCAUUUGAUGACUUAGAUGAUGGUGAUGGUGCAGAUUCGGAUGAUGAACCUAUUCCUGAUCUUGAGUAAGCAUUACUCGAAUAAUUAAUUACCGAAUACAAAAAUUUUCCUUUUGUAUCUUUUCAUUCUUUGUUAAGUUAACAAUAAAAUGUUUAGUGGUAUAA